AUGCCCCCCUCACCGGCCUUGCAAGCAGGCCCGUCCGUCCCGGGCCCUCAGACGGCGCCGCCGGCUACUGCCCAGAUACCUCCCUUUCUCGCAAACAUCAUCCAUUCGCACAUAUAUUCAGCUGCCCCUUCUGUUCCUCCGCCGUCGGGGUCACCGCUGCCGCCUCAUGGGAAAGGCCAGGUGGCUUCCCCGACCAUCUUUGAGGGGGCCAAGGGGCAAACUACCGCCUCAGGUCAAGGGACAGGCGUAGCAACUUCGCCUCCGACCCUCAUCGCACAACAUCCUCCGCCAAAUGCGCUCUACCUUCCUCCCCCGGCAAUGCCGGCCCCGGAAGAGGACCUCGUCCCGCCCGAGAACUUUAGUCUAGUCAGCAGCGGCGUGUAUCGGUGUGGGUUCCCGAAGAAGAGGAAUUUCAAGUUUAUGGAGACGUUGAGGCUGAAGACUGUUCUGACACUGGUACUGGAAGAGUACCCGAAAGCGAAUUUGGAAUGGUGCCAAUCCCAAGAUAUACAAUUCAUGCAAUUCGGCAUUCCUGGCAACAAAGAACCAUUCGAUAACAUUCCCGAGGACGUCAUUUGCGCCGCGCUCGUGGCCAUUUGUGACAAGCGUAACCACCCCCUCCUUAUACACUGCAACAAAGGCAAGCACCGGACAGGCUGUCUAAUUGGCUGCAUUCGACGCCUCCAAUCGUGGUCACGUACCAGUAUAUUCGACGAAUACAGGCGCUUCUCUGCACCAAAGAGUCGCGCGGUGGAUCAGCAAUUCAUCGAUCUAUUUGAUAUCGGGCCAGUGUGGGAGGGUAUCGUUGGUGGCGGGAAGGGAGGAGGUCUGGGAAAUCUGCCAGAGUGGGGAAUGCUGGGCUUGCCAAAGGGGAUCGUGGAGGUUGGUAAAGACGGAAGGGAGAAGAAGAAGAUUGAGAGAGAUACGCUGCAUAUGCGGGGGCUGUGA